AUGGCUAGCCUUCUCAAGAAACCGUUCAAGCUCGCGCUGAUACAGCUCGCAUCAGGUGGUGACAAAGCGGCAAACCUGGCCCAUGCUCGGACAAAGGUUGUCGAAGCAGCAAAAGCCGGUGCCUCCUUGAUUGUACUUCCCGAAUGUUUUAACUCUCCGUACGGCUGCCAAUACUUCCCGAAAUAUGCCGAGACUGUCCUUCCUUCCCCGCCGUCCAAAGAGAAGUCACCGUCGUGGCAUAUGUUAUCCUCUGUCGCGGCAGAGACAAAGACAUACCUAGUGGGUGGGAGUAUCCCAGAGUUUGUACCAGAAACCAAAGAAUACUUCAACACCUCAUUGGUAUUUGGACCCACGGGCCAACUUUUGGCAUCCCAUCGUAAGGUACACCUGUUCGAUAUCGACAUACCGGGGAAAAUCAAAUUCAAAGAAAGUGAUGUGCUGUCUCCGGGUAACAAGGUGACGAUAAUUGAUCUGCCAGAGUAUGGUAAGAUUGGGCUUGCGAUUUGCUACGAUGUCCGCUUCCCAGAACUCGCAAUGAUUGCCGCGAGGAAAGGGGCUUUCAUGUUUGUCUAUCCUGGGGCUUUCAACACUACGACUGGUCCCAUGCAUUGGUCUCUUCAGGCUCGUGCCAGAGCCAUGGAUAACCAGAUCUACGUGGCCAUGUGCAGCCCUGCCCGGGACACCGAAGCAACAUAUCAUGCCUACGGCCACUCUAUGAUUGUCAACCCGAAUGCCGAAGUCUUGGCCGAGGCGGAGGAGCAUGAAGAUAUCGUCUAUGCCGAGAUUGAUGGUGCCAAGAUCGAGGAGACUAGAAAAGGCAUUCCCAUCUACACUCAGAGGAGGUUUGACGUCUAUCCUGACGUGAGUGCUGGAAAAGUGCGAUAUGAGGAGUGA